AUGUUUGAAAAAGACGUUUCUUAUUUAUAUUUAAAUGACUUUUUAACUGUAUCAUCUGCAAAUAAGAAAGAAUUAGGUACAAAUUUAUCCCAUCGUUUUGAAUAUCAACCAAUGCGAACUCGUAUUUGUCGAAGACCAAGUGAAACAUUAGAAACUGGUCAUCGAACUAAACAUAUACUAUUAUUUCGUGAAGAAGCUAUCAAAUGUAAUAAACAAUGGAAACGAAAACAACUAUUCAUGCAACAAUCAAAAGAAAAAAAUCAAUUAUUUGAAGAAAAUCUUCGUAAAAAAAUUCAAGAAUUUAUAAAUGAACAAUCACAUUUAAAAAAUCAUCUUACAAAACUUCAAUCAUCUAAGACAAAUUUCAAAACUGUAAUCAAUAACAAUGUUGAUACAGAUUCUAUUACUAAUUUAUUUUUAACGGAUAAAGAAAAAAAACCAUCAUUAUUUAAUCAAUAUUCAGAUGAUUUUGAUACUUUUAAUUUGUCAAUAACAAAAGCAUUAAACUUUAAUCAUAAUAUCGAUGAUAAUUCUAUCAAUUAA